AUGGGCGAAUUCUCACCUUUUACGGAUUCCCAACCUCAAAUCUCUCAUCCAGAUUCUCUCCCCAUGCAGCAGGAUUAUCAGCUCUAUCCGUCCGAUUCGGAGUCUUAUGUUACGCCAAUGACAGAAAACCAACCUCCUUAUUCGUCCAAGGGCCUUUAUAUGCUCUCACCCGCAGUAUGGCCACAAACCGCAGUCCCCUCGGACCUAGUUAGCCCGUUUCCAAUGGACAUCAGCUAUCCGGCGGUUGUCACCGAUCUCUCGGCGCCUUCUUGGGGUGGCAAUGUCCCAUCUGUCUCUGGCUCUGAGAGCCCCCAGAGCAGCAGUGAUAGUUGGUGGAGUGUGGGAUGCUACAUGUCUCCACCACAGGAGUUUUGGGACUCUCCUUCCCCGGGCACCUCGGCCGAAUUCGAUCGCUCGGUUGCCCCUUCAGAGGUCUUGCAGCCCUAUCCCGACCCGGAGUCCAUGGUCGAGUUCCAACAUGACUCCAGCUAUACGCCCCAGCCUAUUGUCAACAACUGUCAACUCCCACUUGAUGCCCCCGACGCAAGCGGCAACGUGUGCAAUUCGCCAUCGCCGUCUGCAGCACCGCAGGAACUUGUUAUCUCUCACCCUCUAUCCGCGCAACCCCAGACCUCCAAGAACACGUCCCCCCACCGUGUGACGAAGCGUUCGCCUCGAGGCAAAUCCUCCCGUAAGCACGGCCGGACCUCUGCUCCCCGUUCUGCCACGAAGUCGAAGGCUACCGGUAAAAAGAAUGCCUCCACUUACAACCGGUUGUUUGUGUGCAGUUUCUCACACUACGGAUGCAUGAGCACUUUUGUUUCGAAAAACGAGUGGAAGCGGCAUGUGGCGUCACAGCACGUCCAACUGGGAUUCUACCGAUGUGACGUGGGCCGCUGUAACCUGAACAAUCUCAACCAUGACAAGAGCCCGGUCUCAGACGACGGUGGUUCUUCGUGUGACGAGGUCCGGCUGGUCAAUGACUUCAAUCGCAAGGAUCUUUUCACUCAGCACCAACGUCGCAUGCAUGCUCCCUGGGUGCAACGGAAUCGGAAACACCCUGUGACUGAGGAAGAGCGCAACGAAUUCGAGCAGACUCUCGACGACGUCCGGGCCCGCUGUUGGCACGAACAGCGCACCGCGCCCCUCCAGAGCCAAUGCGGGUUUUGUGGCCAGGAGUUUGCCGGGCCUCGCAGCUGGUGCGAGCGGAUGGAGCACGUGGGCCGGCAUUACGAGAAAGGCGAUGUGUCCGUGGACAUCGAGCCCGAGGAUGUCGCCCUGCGUGAAUGGGCCGCCGAAGCGGGUGUUGUCCGCUUGGUGGACGGGAAAUGGAGGCUAUCCUCCCUUGUGGAAAAAUGA